GUCCGCGCCGAGGGGAGCGCUGGGCUGCAGCAGCUGCGGCGCGCGGCGGCCGCUCCCUGGCAGUGCUCGCUAAGAUGGCGGACUUCCUGCCGUCCCGCUCCGCGCUGUCGGGCUGCUUCCCCGGCUGCCUGCUGACCAGCACCGAGGCCGAGCAGCAGCGCAAGUCCAAGGAGAUCGACAAGUGCCUGAACCGCGAGAAGACCUACGUGAAGCGCCUCGUCAAGAUCCUCCUGCUGGGCGCGGGCGAGAGCGGCAAGUCCACCUUCCUCAAGCAGAUGCGGAUCAUCCACGGGCAGGACUGGGACCGCACGGCCCGCGAGGAGUUCCGCGCCACCAUCUACAGCAACGUGAUCAAAGGUGUGAGAGUCCUCGUAGAUGCUCGAGAGAAACUUCAUAUUCCCUGGGGAGAUCCUGACAACCAGAAUAAUGGGGAUAAGAUGAUGGCUUUUGAUACUCGGUCAACAAUGGUGGCACAAGGGAUGGUGGAGACUCAGGUUUUUUUACAGUACCUUCCAGCAAUAAAAUCACUGUGGGCAGAUAAUGGAAUCCAGCAUGCCUAUGACAGACGCAGAGAAUUCCAACUGGGGGAAUCUGUAAAAUAUUUCCUGGACAACUUGGAUAAACUUGGAGAAUCGGAUUAUCUUCCAACACAGCAAGAUAUUCUGCUGGCACGAAGACCCACGAAAGGGAUUCAUGAGUACGACUUCGAAAUAAAAAAUGUUCCCUUCAAGAUGGUUGAUGUAGGAGGCCAAAGAUCAGAAAGGAAACGUUGGUUUGAGUGCUUCGACAGUGUCACAUCGAUACUUUUCCUGGUCUCCUCAAGUGAAUUCGACCAGGUGCUCAUGGAGGAUCGGCUAACAAAUCGCCUUACAGAAUCACUGAACAUUUUUGAAACAAUAGUCAACAACCGGGUUUUCAGCAACGUCUCCAUCAUUCUAUUUCUAAAUAAGACAGACUUGCUUGAGGAAAAAGUACAAAAAGUGAGCAUCAAAAACUAUUUCCCAGAGUUCGAAGGGGAUCCCCACUGCUUAACAGACGUCCAAAAAUUCCUGGUGGAUUGUUUUCGUACCAAACGUCGGGACCAACAGCAGAAGCCCCUAUACCACCACUUCACCACUGCUAUUAACACAGAAAACAUCCGGCUGGUUUUCCGUGACGUCAAGGAUACCAUUCUUCACGACAACCUCAAGCAGCUUAUGCUACAGUGAUGUGCAAAAAGACAUUUUUAUUUGAAUACCUUUUGUGUUUUUUAAAUUGUGGUUUACAACAAAGGAAGAAAAAUCCAGGUCCUGUCAGACUUCUUGAUGUGUGGCUGAAAGCUGCUGCUGAGCACAUUAUUGCCAAUUUCUGCUGAAAUUGAGGCUUUAAUCUCUUCCACUGUAGCUUUGAGUUGACUCAGUUAUAAUUUUAUAGCAAACCUAAGUCCAAAUAACCUGUAAGGUGACUAAACUUGACCUCUAGUGCUUGUAUGUUGCAAAAAGUCUAUCUAGAAAACACACUCCACCAUCAAAAUUCCAAGUCCAGACUUCAGUGUAACAUUCAUCAGAAUUACAUUAGACUUAUAGUAGUAGUUUUUGAAAACUGUUCCUUUUCACCUCUUCCUUAAAACUAUAAUGAAGACUGUGAUAAUAUAGCUGACUUUGAUUUCUCAGGUCCUUCAUUGGAUAGAUAUUCCAUAAAUUUCUUGUUGGAAUCCAUUUUAGAAGCUAGGAUACUUGGUAAUAAAGCCUUUCCUGCCUUAAAUAUAAAGUUUUGCAUGGGUUUUUGAGCGUAGGGUAUGCUUUAGGUCAGGAAAUACAGAAAAGCUGGGAACGGUCAGCAUUAAUACCUUCUGCCAGAAAUGUGUAAAGACUAAUAUGUUCAAGAACUAGUAAAUGGCACAGUUCAGUCUAAACUUCACUUUUUAUUGCAUAUUUUAAGUACUCUGCUUGUUAGAGCUAUAACAGAGCACUAUGAUCUGAAAUGUUAUGUGGGAAGAAGCAAACUACGCUUUAGAGUCUGUAUUCUCACUUUGUCAUUGUGCUGAAUAGCUUACAUCCAGGUAGCUUGCCCCAGAGUUUAGGCUGAUCUGAAGUGCUUUUGUAUCUUUUCACCAUAACUUUUAGUGUGCCUAGUCCUUACAUCAACAAGCAUUCACUAAUGCACAGAAGUAUUUGCAAACGUAAGUGCCUCCGGUCGUCUUUCCUUCUGCAGUGUUUUCAGUGGCCUUACAUGAAGACAAAUUCCCCAGACAGUGGCCUUAUGCAGAUAUGGGUAAAUAGGCCAAACACCACUAAGCCAAAAGUCUGUACAGUAAGAUGAGCAUAACCUGUCACAAUAGUAAAUGCUAAAGUCUGAAAACUUCAGAGAAUCUGUCAGAAUCAGGUCUAGAAAUCCCUAAGAACCAUAAGAAUGGCCAUACUGGGUCAGACCAAUUGUCCAUCUAGACCAGUAUCCAGUCUUUUUGCAGUGGCCGGUACCACAUGCUUCAUAGGGGAUGAACAGAACAGCGCAAUUUAUUGAGCGAUUCAUCCACUGUUGUCCAGUCCCAGCUUCUGGCAGUCAGAGGUUUAGGAACAUCCCUGAUAGUCUUGGCUAAUAGCCAUUGAUGGACCUGUACUCCAGGACCUUACCCAAUUCUUUUUUUA